UUCCUUCCAGUUUUGCCGCGAGCAGCGGAUCUGAGCUGAAGUGGGUUUUUGUGUUUCCCGAAGAGGGGAACUUUUAGCUGAAGAAAUACAAAUAUGAAUUAAUACUUUACUAACCUACUAACUUAUAUCAGUAAAGACGACUCCAGCGGUGUGUGUUGAGCUUUCUUCCGGUCACUGUGACUCUUCGGGGGGCAGCAACCACACGCUUUGUUGUUGGGCGGAGCUUUAGCUAGCUAGCCUCUAACUUUAGCUAACAUGCUAGCGCCGGCUGCUUUAAGUGGAAGUGAACUGGACUCCAGCCUACCUCAGUCCGAGAACCCCUGUCUGAUCGUGGAGGACUCCCAGCCGGACAGUGUCGCUCUGGAGGACGAUCCCGAGAGCAGCUACCGAGCUCUGCUGGCCCGCCGUCUGUCAAGCCUGCAGCCCACCUCCCGCAGCCCGGUUCUGGAACUGAUAUCCUCCCCACUUGGAAGCAGAUGCUCUCAGACUGACAGCCAAUCAGAGAGCUCCCAGCUCAACAGCCAGAGUGAAGCUGCCAUUGUCAUGGCGGCCAGUUCGGAUCUCCGAGAGGAAAGUCAAGUUCUAAACAUCUGCCCUCCGAACAAGAAAAAGUGUUCACCAGAGGAGGACGCUGGAGCUGAUUCAACAACACACUGCAUUCAGUCUGAAGAGGGAACAUCCCAGUUUGGUUUUCUUGAGCUUUCUCAGAGUCAGGAUGUGCGUGGUGAAGUGGUGAACAGCCAGCAAGAAGAACAAGAAGAAGACAUCACACCUCAGCCAGACAGCGAGAGGCGCACCAAAUCAGCUGCAGAGCCUAACGUCAGCCCCAGGACCUCAGAGAGUCAGGACCACAAAGCAGUGAGAUCUGAGGUGAGCUCCAGCAGUUCAUCAGAGUCUCCGGGUGUGUCGGGCCGGCAGCUGACCGUCCAGGCUCUGCUGCACUCGCAGGGCCAUCAGGCGUCUGAGCAGGACCAGCAGGACAGUGAGAUCCUGUCCUCACAGGAGGACCUGUUUGACACUGACAAGACAGGUGCUGCAGUAGACAGCACAGUGUCUGAGCCGGAGCAGCAGGCUCACCCCACCCCGACUCCAGCCCACACCCUGCGACUGCUGCACCUGUCCGGACAGGGGACUCUGGUGCAGGAAAGUCUGUCCCAGAGCUCUGCUGACUUCGUUGGCCCCACACCAGACAACUUCAGCCACACCCCUCUAAUUGUUCCCAGCUCACCAACUGGACCAGAGAAUGAACACAGUGCUGACGAGCCGAUGGAUACUUCACUGCCCCCAGAAGAGCGAGCGGGGGAGAAGGAAGAGCCAAUGGACACGGAGGCCGCCUCUAAGCCACACCCUUCCGCCUCUACUCCUGUAUCCCAGAAUUCCCCUGGUUUUGUCUUGGAGCGAACUCUCUCUCUACCCUCCCAGCCCGAGUUCUCACAUGAUGUGUUUGUCCCGACGCAAAGCCAGGAGACACCACAGCAGUCAGAUAAGAAGACGCCAUCGAUGCCUCAGGAGACACAGUCUCAGCGUCUGGAGUCGACUCCUUGCACUUUGCCUUUGCAGCUCUCUGUGAACACUGAGAGCUGCAGCCCAGCUCAGCCGGCUGAGGAGGACAGCCAGGCCACGCAGAUCGAGGAGCUGGAAGAGCCUUCAGGUGUCGACACCAGCGACUCUGUGAUGUCACGCUGCGAUCGGAGGAGCGAGAGCAAUGGCGUUCCUUCAGGGUCACACGCUGCCACCGCUUCCAAAGCCUCCGUCUCUGCUGAAUCACCAAAGCAUUCCAGCGAAUGUGCCGAGAACGAGAAGUCCGGUCUGUCACAGAGGUCUGACGCGCAUGUAAAGACGCCUCUGAAUGUACAAAACGCGAAUGUUAAAGACUCAAAAACAGACAGCAGGGAGACGAGCUCUGCCGACGUGGUGUCCUGCUCUCAGACAAAGUUGGAUUCCUCUGAUGUGACUGUUAACAGCUGUGUGCAGGAGACGCCUUCAGACACCACGCCCUCCAGCUUGUCGUCUCAGUCUAUGAUCUGUCAGACGUCCACUGUGGAUGUGGUGAAGACUUCUGUAGACUCGAGUGAAGGAGGAACUACGAAGAGUCAAUCCAUAGGAUCACAGAACUGUGGAACUGUUGGUAACAGUCAAACAGUCGGAGACAUGAUGGAUGAGGGUGAAGUGGAGGAGGAGGUAGUGAUGGAGGAGGAGGCGGAGGCGAGCAUGGUGGGAGGCGGGGCCUCAGGAAUGGCUCUGGUUCUCUCUCAGAGCCAGAUGCUGUCUCCUGAGCCAAUGGAGGAGGACAGUGAAGACAGAGCAGAGGACAGUGUCAUCGUUGUCACGGAAAGCGAGAGGGACUCUCAGAAAGAUGUGACGCCGCAGUCAAAGACCAACAGCUCUCAGCCAAUCAGAGGCAAAGAGUCCAUCUCUGCUAACGGCCAUGAGACCCAGGCUCAGCCGAAAAAGGUGGCUUCUGAUAGGCUCUCCCAGACUGAGAGGGCGGGGCCUGAACCAGAGGGGCUCAAAGACAAAAGUCUGAGUGACAGCUCAGGAGAAAUUUCCUUCCACUUCACACUUCCUAAAGAAGGGGAGCUGAUUGGUCCUGUUGUUGGUGCCACACCCCCCCUUAUCAACCAGCUGAAGCAGACGCUGAGGCACAGCACUCCCAUUGAGAUUACUUCCUUUUCUGAAAAGUCAGACGUGGUGGGUGAUGUCUCUGCGGAUGUGGCGAUGGCAGCCAGCGCCAUCGUGUCAGGGGACAGCGGCGAGGACAUGACGGAAAAGGGAGACGGAAAGCUGAGUUUGAGAAUGAAGCUGGUGACCCCCGUCGAAGAAAUGAGCUCAGAGCGCUUCAGCCUGCAGAAGCCAACACUGUCAGAAGAGGAUGGAUCUGGAGCCAAAGUCACUGCUGUUGCUAAUGCUGUGACCAGCAGCCCGUCAGUGUUCAGCCGCGUCAGGCAGGUGCACAGGCAGCAGGACGCAGAGGAGGACGUCGUACCUGUCAGAGGGGAGCUGUUCGCCUCACCGCAGAGGAGCUCCCAGACGUCUUCCCUGGGAUGCAACAGUCUCCCCAACAGCCAAUCAGAGCCUUCACGACAGGAAGUGUUGGCAGCACCGCAGGGGACUCCUAAGGAUCCUCCCAGCGUUGUGGAGCAGUCUGAAGUUGUGCGAGAACCACCUGGAGCUCCAGAGCCGCCCACCCCGAUCAGGGCAGAUGCCAGACAGAGGAUUUCCCAGCAGACCUUUGACAACAGCGUCACCUUCAGUCCGUCCAACAAGCUCCGUCAGCGGACAGUGUCCCUGCAGACCAGCUUCGAUUCACCGGGGCUGCGCUCCCCAGCUGGCAGGGGUGAACGAGAGUCUCCGUCCUCUAGAAGAACCACAGGCCCCUCCCAUCGCAGGCACGUGCGAACCAUCCAGGAAGUGCGGACCACCAUCACGCGGAUCAUCACUGACGUGUAUUAUGAAGAUGGCAAAGAGGUGGAACGUAAAGUCACAGAGGAGAGCGAGGAGCCAGUGGUGGACUGCCAGGUGUUGGACAGCGACAUCUCGCCGUGCCGCACCGGCAGCAGCUCUGUGACCUCUGGUGACCUGGCUGACAUCAGCUCUCAGUCGUCCAAGUCUCAAUCGCACAGCUCUGGAGGAACCAGCAGCAGCAUCGGACUCACCAGGCCGGACUUCAUCAUGCCGCCCAGCCGAGGGGCCAGAUCCAUCAGUCCCAGGAGGGGAGGCGGGCAUCAACAGAGGGGUCACAGGGGUCACAGGGCAGGGUCAGUGGUCACAAUGGACCGAGGCUUCGGCACCCAGGGGUCCCGGGCCUUCGUCCCUCUGAACCCCAGAGGAAGGGCUAGAAGGGGCCGACCCCCAACCCGCUCCUCCCUGUCCAGGAGAGUUGGUGUUGGCUCACUGCAGAGGCUCGGCGCACACGGCCAGCCACAGUCUUCCUCGGAGGACGAGCCCUACACCCGCAUGCUUCCCCCGCGCCUCCCCGUCAGCCCCUCGGACGCCGAGCUCCCCGGCCACUCCGACUCCCUCAGGUCAUCGGUGGAGGAGGCGAGCUCGGACGGCAGCAGCUUCGUCGGCCUGCGGGUGGUGGCAAAGUGGUCGUCCAACGGCUACUUCUACUCGGGCCGCAUCAUCAAAGACGCCGGUGAGGGGAGGUUCCGCCUGCGGUUCGAUGACGGCUACGAGUGCGAGGUGGCGGGGAAGGAUAUCCUGCUGUGUGACCCCAUUCCCCUGGAGACGGAGGUCACCGCCCUGCUGGAGGACGAGUACUUCAGUAUCGGUGUCGUCAGAGGCCAUAAAACAGAGGGGCAGGAGUUGUUCUACAGCGUGGAGAAGGACGGCCAGAGGCAGUGGUACAACAGGACCGCCAUCAUCCUGUCUCUGGAGCAGGGAAACAAGCUGAGGGAGCAGCACAGCCUCGGGCCCUACGAGCCGUCCACCCCCCUCGCCAAGGCCUCCGACAUCAGUCUGGAUAACCUGGUGGAGGGGAAGAGGAGGCGCAGGGGAGCCCCCGGGGGUGAGAACACUCCCAACCGCAGCUCCUCCAGCAGCCCUCGAACCCCCGGACCCUCCGGCAAGAGGAAGCUCAUGACCUCCGAGGACGCCAGGACGCCGACCAAAAGAGGCCGCAGGGGCCCGGGCGCCAGAGCUGCUCAGCGGGUUGGGGCUUGUAACACCUCCGGCAGCGGCACGGACCUCCCCGCUCAGCCUCGGGACGUGGCCGACACUCACGGCCCGCUGCCUCAGAACGCGUCUCUCUUCAUGGGCUUUGCCUUCAUGCUGAGCGCCUCGUCCGAGAGCGACCGGCUGACCAACAAGAUCACCAGCGAUGAAGAGGAGGAGUACGUGCAGACAAGUCCGUACAACAAAGCGUACACGGAGUCCCAGCUGCAGGCGGGCGGAGGCUUCAUCCUGCCAGACUUCAAUGAAGAACAAUGUAAGGCAGCUUACCAGAGUCUGCUCAUCGCAGACCAACACUGUCGUACCAGAAAGUACUUGCUGUGUUUGGCCAGCGGUGUGCCGUGUGUGUCGCACAUCUGGGUACGAGACUGCUGCAAAGACAACAAGCUGCUCAACUACAGGAACUACCUGCUGCCUGCCGGCGUGGGGACAGACGACGCCAUAGUGGAAUGGCAUCCGCGGUGCAGCCCGUUCAAGGCUCUGCGGGUCCUUCUGGUGUUUGAGAAGCCUGUGGAGCUUUGGGCGCAGCUGAUCUCUAUGGGUGGAGGCUCCUCUGUGCGACACUUCCAGGCAGACAAGGACGGUUCAGACAUUCCUGCUGGCAAGUACGACGUCGUGGUGACGGACCGUGCCUGUCCGCCACUGGUAGAGAAAAGCGUGACGUCACAGGAAGUCCCACUGGUGUCUCCCGAGUGGCUCAUCCAGAGUGUCAUCUGUGGUGAGCGCCUGGGUUUCCAUAGCAAGCCUCAGUACCACCACAACUACUCCUCAUAAUCUGACGCCACAUGUGCAAAACACCUCCGGCCAUGUCUAGUGUUCAGCGUUAGUCCUGUUGCAUGCCUCUGCUGUAUAUACCUUUACCCUGUCUGUUUUUAUGGGAUAAUAAAUUGUGACCCCUUGUUUCAUUUUAA